UAAAGCCGGGUUGAUAAUUAUCGUUUAGUACACACAGCGAUUGUAGCUCAUGCUUGAUGGAAGUGUAAAAUAAAAUUUAUUGUAAGAGUUUGUGCAACGCUUUUCAAAUAUGGAAAAUCGUGACCGUAAUAGUGACGGAGAAAGUGGUGUUAUCACAAUAAUGAAUUGGCUAACGAACCAGCCUCAUUUACCCAAACUUUCAGAAAACGAUGCCCUCUUGUUUCUUCAUUGCAACUACUAUGACGCUGAAGCUGCUAAAAAGACGAUUGAAGAGUAUUACACUUUUCGAACUAAUUGUACUGAUUUGUUCACAAACCGAGAUAUUGAAGAUCCGGACAUUCAGAUAGCACUGAAAUUAUCAAUGUUCACUGUGCUUCCAAAGUCAACACCUGAGGGAUACAGGAUAGCAUACUGUCGGUUGAUAGACACAGACACAACUAACUACGUAUAUCUUCACAAUGUGAAACUACUUGUGUUAUGUCUUGAUUUGUGGAUGAAGGAAGAAGCUCUUGCGCCAGGGCAUAUUAUAAUUUUCGACAUGGAUGGAAUGAGCCUAAGCCACGUGGCCAAGUUGAAACUUUCAGUUCUGCGAAACUACAUCUACUACACUCAGGAAACACUCCCGAUUAGACUGAAGCAGCUGCAUUUUCUAAAUGUUGUCCCUUUCAUUGAUAAAGUCAUGUUUGUGGUAAAACCAUUUUUACAGAAAAAAGUUUUAGAUGUUAUACAUAUGCAUACUAACAAAGAUUCGAUGCUCGAGUACGUGCCGGAGGAAUGUUUACCGGAAGAAUAUGGAGGUAAAGCAGGAACACUUGAUUAUCUUAGAGAAUCGUUCUACCAAAAGUUAGUUGAUAGAAGAAUCGAAUUUCUAGAUGAAGAGAAAGUAAAUAUUGUAGACAACAAAAAACGGAUUCAAGUACCUAAACCGUUUAUGUUUGGUUUGUUUGGUAGAUAAUGGCUGAAGUCAUAAUAAAUGUACUAAUCGCAAUGUGAGGCCGGGUGUAAAUAAAAAAAAUCCUAAAACAUACGUGUUAGUUUUUUCUGUCAUUUGUUUUAUAUAUGGAUUUAUAUGAUUUAACUACCAAUCUUCUAAAACUUCCAACUUAAAUGUGUAUAGCCAAAUUGUUAAAGUAUUCCAUUAGUAUAAUAUUGAAUUGACCCAUCACGAAUCAAACAAAACACGUUAACAGAGCAUAACAUAACAUAACAUGUUAUGUAUAUAAAGAUUAAAGGUUGAAAUUUUUCCCAUAUUUCUAAGCAGUUCGGACGGCGCAACAAACUUCAAUGCACUCAGUUGAAACUGGGAAUCAGGGUUAAAUUUGUAUGUUUCAGGAGAAUAAUCUGUAAAUCUGUAUCGAAGGAUCAAAGUUCUGUAUUGAAAAUCUGUACAUGAAAAUGAUAUGAAAUAAAGUGCAACGAAAUGAAAAAGUUAUUAAA